AGCUACUGAUGCGUUGUACCUAUAGAUCCACGACCUUGAAGCCUUCCGUUUGCGUAUCCUUUGAGCACCGUACAAAUACAUGCUGCGAGCUGAAACCGAUAACCUUGCAAGAUGCGGCUCCUAGAAAGAGGCGAUACCGGCGAGCUCCGCUUAACGAACCCGAUUCCGAAUGACGCGAUCCCCGAGAUCCCCCGUUACGCGAUCCUCUCACACACAUGGGGCGACGAGGAGGUCUCCUUCGAAGACAUGGCGGACGGUACAGCCAAGAAAAAAGCAGGCUAUGCUAAGAU